GCACGCCGCACGCCGCAGUCCAGCACUCCCCGAGACCACGACGUCUCCUCGUUCCUCGCCGCGGCUGCUCGACCCAACUCUCCGCACAGCCGCACGCCGGCAUCUCUCCCGACCUAGCAACCGCCUGAGACGCGCGCGGCGGAGGCGACAUGCCACGGCCGUGUCGUGGGAUCAGAAGCGAGGCAGCGCACCGCGCCGGCCACCUCCCUCGCAUCCCGUCGGCCGCCACCCUCAGCCCUCGCAUCUCGCCGGCCGCCGCCGCCUCGCAGCUUCUCCGCGCGUCGCCGUGCUAGAUCGGGACAUUCGGGAUCACCCGAGCUCGAACCCGAAAUUUCGGGAAAUUUCCAGGUGCCAUCACUCGAAAUCUCGAAUUGCCCGACCCAAAUAUCGGGCGAACCCAAAAUUCCCGAAUUCCUUCCAUCUAUUCACCUCUCUUUUCGGGGAGCCACGGGGCAACAAGUCCAACAAGGAAAGCAUACUUGAAACCCCCACUUGUCCCAGCCACGUCUCCCAUCACCAAACCCCCCAGUUGCUGAUACCCUUUCCAAAACAUGACCGUUGGGCGCUGCCUCCUCCUUGUUGAGAUCCCAGAUAUACUUGCCCCGCACACGAGCACGAGGACCACGACCGCCACGCUCUCCCCCUCCCGGUCCCCACGAAUCGUCCUCGCCUUCGCGCACCGGCGCCGCCCUUCCCCCGCCCCCACGACAUUCUCGUCCUCUUCCCCCACGCCGGCUCAACCGUUGCCGAUUAUUCCCUCACGCGCUCCGCGCCCGCGCGGCGACCACGACCGGACGGGAGGGUUGGUCUGCGCCGCGAUGGCCAUGGACCUGGCGAUGGUCGUGGAUGAGGCGGUGAAGUCGGAUGCGGAGGAGGAGGAGGAGGUGAUGGUGGUGGUGGAGGAGGGCACGGGCGGGGGGAGGUGCGGCGGCGAGGCCGUGGUGGUGGCGGCGGCGGACGCCGAGGUCGAGGGCCACCCCUACGCCUUCCACGUCUCCGGCCCGCGCAACCUGCCGCUGCCCAACUGGAGGGAGAUCAUCAGAUCCAGCUGGAAGGAUCCAAAUUACAAAAGGACGGCGAUGGCAUGCUUCAUUCAGGCAGUCUACCUUCUUGAAAUAGACAGGCAAGAUCAGAAAGGAGAAGAGGAUGGCCUUGCUCCAAAGUGGUGCAAGUCCUUCAAGUACAAGGUCACACAGACACUGGUGGAUGAGAGAGAUGGUUCAAUAUAUGGUGCCAUUCUUGAGUGGGAUCGGGCUUCUGCUUUGUCUGAAUUUAUUCUAUUAAGACCAAGUGGCGCACCAAGGGCAGUGUUAGCUCUCCGAGGAACAUUGCUGCAGAAACCUACAAUCAAGAGAGACCUGCAAGACGAUCUUCGUUUCCUGGUUUGGGAGAGCUUAAAAGGUUCCGUGAGAUACACUGGCGCUUUAGAAGCACUGAAGGCUGCAGUUGAUAGAUUUGGGAGCACAAACGUUUUUGUUGCUGGACACUCGUUGGGAGCUGGUUUUGCCCUUCAGGUAUGCAAAGAUCUUGCCAAGCAAGGAAUCGUCGUCGACUGUCAUCUGUUCAAUCCACCUUCUGUUUCACUUGCCAUGAGCCUAAGAAGCAUGAGCGAGAAGGCCAGCUAUCUGUGGCAGAAAGUAAAGGCAAGUAUGCCAUCAAAGGAAGAAGCAUCGCUUGAAAGUGCAAAAGAGGAAGGUAGCAUCAAGAAGAGACUACGCGCAGAGAAGAAAUGGGUGCCACACUUGUAUGUGAACAACAGUGACUACAUCUGCUGUCACUACAACGCUCCUUCUUCCACCGCUCCCUCUUCCACCGGACCGGACGGUGCACCAGACGAGCAGCAGCAGCAACGCAAGGCGAGUGAGAUUGCUGGCGAUGUGGUUGCGAAGCUCUUCGUCACGUCUUCGAAAGGCCCACAGAAGUUUACGGAAGCGCAUGGGCUGGAGCAAUGGUGGUCAGAUGGGAUGGAGCUGCUAGCCGUGUCUGACAGCAAGCUUAUACACAGGCAGCUGAAGUCUCUAUACUCUUCUACAGCAGCAGUACCACCACCAGCCAAGUCGUAGAGACGGCCGAAGUGGCUGUUUCAAUGGUCGUUAGAAAUGCUCUUUCUAAUUGGUUUACACCACCUUCGUUAUGGCAUGGUCGAAUUAUUCAUAGUCUAGUAGUGAUCAGACCAAUUUGUAAUAAUGAUAUGGCUAAUAAACACAUUCAAGUACUAUAUCUUUUAUAGUCAAAGGCUAGAAUAUACUCCAAUGUGCAAGUGAAGCUUGCAGAGCUGAAAUCUGAGCAAUUGGGUAA